UAGAAAGAGUUUUCAUUUUCGUACAUGAGAAGUCACUUCUGCCAAUCUAUAUUUACUUCGGUGAUGUAACUGCUUGUUAUCAUGUCCUCUCAAUGUUAAGCUAAUAAUAAGUCAGCAAUCUUCUUUUAUGUCACCAAACUUUAUAAUGACAUCUGGUCAACUGACUAAAUUUGCCAGAAUAUAAGACGAAAAUAGACCUAUUUGCCCUUUUGAUGAACCUCACUCAUGUUGUUGAAUAGUGUUCAGAGGGAACAAGGAUUCAAACAGCUACAGUUCUUUUGACGUCAAGAUUCCUAAAUAUGCCGGUAGAUAUGUCUCAAUCCUCACGUGGUGUAUGUAAUGUAAUAACACUUACAUUCUAUAUAUUUUAUUAUCUUUUGUAAAUCACUUGGAAGUUUUGUGCAUUUACACAAGAGUGAUGGAAGAAGAUUGUGGUGCAUUUGUAGCGGACUGUGUUGUUCUGUCAUGCUGCUGCCAGUGCCUUGUGUUACAAGUCACUGGCUUUGUCUUGUUCAAGAUCCCUCUGAAACUUGUGAAGAAGGUGAAGAAGUUUGUGAAGAGAAGACGUGGAAAGACCUUGCAGCCAAGGAUGGAGGAGGAUGUCGUCGUCAAAGAGGAUGAGCACUGGUGUGGAAAUGAGUUUGGUUUUGAAGAAGGCUCGUCAAGAUUUAAUUGCAUUGAAGACAUUGAGGGAAUGUUGCAAGAGCUGUCUAUGAAUGAAGAGUUGGUGUUUGGAAGCUUCUGGCGCCAUGAAGAUUCUUCUGUCAUCCUAGAUGUCAAAUAGUGAAAAAGAAAAAAUCAGAGAUUCUUACACAUCUUGUUUGCUUUAAAUUCUUGUUUGUGUUAUCAUUGAUCACGAAUAAAAGAAGCUCAAGGAGAGAGACCUCAA